GAUGUAGCAGCAGCUUCCAUUUCCUUAUCAAACAACUUCCCAUCCAAUGUUAAGCAAGCAAUACCAACUUUAUUUCCUUUUUCUCUCUUUUUCUUUUUCUUUUUCUUCAAGUAGCUCUUUUCUGUGAGAAAACUACUGUUUAGGUUGUUGGCAGAUGAUUUGUUGGGUCUCUCCUAAUCUAACUUCACUUGCUCUCACCACGCUAGCGCAUUAUGGGAAAUUUUCUUUUCUUUUCUGCUCUGCCAUGCAUUUUGUGAUGAGUGUCGUGGAUGAAUGGAACCAAUUCACUUUCUCCAUUCAAUUAUCUGAAAACAGAGAACCACACCAAAUUUAAGAACCAUUAUGCCUUUCAAUUUAGUCUCAGCAUGGAACAAGCGCCGGAGGUCCAAGUCACAUGACCACACAGACCCUUGGAUUUAUAAACCGGUGGAGUAUUGGCAACUUGAUGAUCAAGCCCCACAACCCCCAAAAAGACACCAUCAUGUUUCAUCAAUUUUCACACUCAAAGAAAUGGAAGAGGCAACAUGUUCAUUCAGCGAAGAGAAUUUGCUCGGAAAAGGAGGAUUUGGUCGCGUAUACCGAGGAACUUUGCGGUCAGGGGAGGUUGUAGCAAUCAAAAAAAUGGAGCUGCCACCUUUUAAAGCAGCCGAGGGGGAACGAGAAUUUCGAGUAGAAGUAGAUAUCUUGAGCAGACUUGAUCACCCAAAUCUGGUUUCUUUGAUAGGCUACUGUGCUGAUGGGAAGCAACGGUUUCUAGUGUAUGAAUAUAUGCAGAAAGGGAACCUACAAGAUCACCUAAAUGGGAUUGGGGAAGGAAAAAUGGAUUGGCCUCAAAGGCUCAAAGUGGCACUUGGAGCGGCAAGGGGCCUAGCAUACCUCCAUUCCAGUUCUGAUGUUGGAAUACCUAUUGUUCACAGAGAUUUCAAAUCCACGAACAUUCUUUUAAGUGCCAACUUUGAAGCAAAGGUAUCCGAUUUUGGGCUUGCCAAGAUGAUGCCAGAGGGCCAGGAAAUAUAUGUGACUGCUAAAGUACUUGGUACAUUCGGCUAUUUUGAUCCCGAGUAUACAUCGACUGGAAAACUCACUUUACAAAGUGAUGUUUAUGCAUUUGGGGUGGUUCUUCUUGAACUUCUGACCGGACGUCAAGCUGUUGACAUUAACCUGGGACCAAACGAUCAAAACCUAGUGGUACAGGUAAGGCACAUACUGAAUGAUCGGAAGAAAUUGCGUAAGGUGAUAGAUUCUGAGCUGGUUCGAAGUUCAUACACCAUGGAAUCUAUAGCUAUGUUCGCAAACCUGGCAUCACGAUGUGUACGUCGUGAGAGCAGUGAGAGACCCUCCAUGGCAGAAUGUGUUAAAGAGCUCCAGCUGAUUAUCUAUACAAAUGCAAAAGGCUUGGGAGCGGCCACAACUCCUAAUAAAGCCAUGUUCUAAUUGGAGGGUGAAGACUAUGUACAACAAAAUAG